AUGGUGAACCUACGCGAGUUCACUACGGGUUCCAACCUGCGGUACCCUCUCACAGUAUCGCGAAUUCACAAGAGGAAAGGUGAAAAGGUCAAGAGACAGGAAGCCGUCCUCCAAUACACCUACAAAUUCAAGCGCACAAUUGGCGAUCCCGACCUGGGCGAGGAGCGCGAAAUUGAGGAGACGGGUUAUGGUGAUUGGGAUUGCCCUUCGGAUGGCACCGUUCACAAGUGGUAUGUCAGCGAAAACGAUGUCAUCCAGCGCGAUCAGCCGCUUGUUGUAAUCGACGAACCCUGCUCUCAUGACACGCAGUUUGCCGGGCUAUGCACGAAAUGCGGCAAGGACAUGACCGAGUCCAAUUGGGCUGCCGAAGGGUUGGAUAUUGAUCGUGCCACAAUAUCCAUGGUCCACGACAAUGUCGCCCUCAAAGUCAGCGCCACUGAAGCUGAGAAGAAAGAGUUGGAAUUGCAGGAGCGUCUCCUCACCCAAAAAAAGCUCAGUCUCGUGGUCGAUCUGGAUCAGACAGUCAUUCACGCCUGUGUAGAGCCCACGAUAGGCGAAUGGCAGCGCGACCCGUCGAAUCCAAAUUACGAAUCCGUCAAGGAGGUGCGCAGCUUCCAGCUCGACGAUGGCCCCAAGCAUGACGAUUCGCCAAAGUGCUCCUACUACAUCAAGUUGCGUCCCGGCUUGGCUGGCUUCCUCGAGCGCAUUUCGGAACUCUACGAGAUGCACAUUUAUACAAUGGGAACUCGAGCAUAUGCAAAAGAGAUUGCAAAGAUCAUCGACCCCGAGCAAAAAUAUUUUGGCAACCGAAUUAUCAGCCGUGAUGAAAAUGGUAGCCUGGCUGCCAAGAGGUUGCAGCGUCUUUUCCCAGUCAGCACGCACAUGGUCGUAGUCAUUGACGACAGGGCAGAUGUCUGGCCCAUGAACAGGUCGAACCUGAUCAAGGUCGCCCCCUACGAUUUCUUCCGCGGUAUUGGUGAUAUUAACUCCAGUUUCCUUCCAAAGAGGGAAGAUCUUCUUGCACCUGCCCCGGCCCCCAUUCCCAUGCACACCAACGGGGGGCCAACAGCCAACUCAAACACUUCUGAGCUCGCCGCCACCACACUGGAACACGAGAGACCCAUUGAAGUCUCCGACGAUGAGAACGCAUUGAUUCAAUUGCAAGCACAGGAGCAAGAACGCGAGCUUGAAAAGCAAUUGACCGAACGACCAUUGCUACACUUGCAAGAAGAGCUGGACAAGGAAGACACGGACAUGGAAGAUGCUGCUCCGUCGACUGAAGCUGCUCCAGCACCUGAACAGAAUGGACACGCCGAGAGUCCUGUACACCGCCACAAUCUUCUUCGCGACGAUGAUGAAGAACUAUUUCAUCUAGAGAAGCAUCUCUCUCUUUUGCACCAAAACUUUUACAAUCAGCAUGAGUCUCGCGUUGCGGCUGUUCGCAAGGAGACGGGCUCCAAAGAGAUCACGGCAGAUUCGAUUCCUGAUGUCGGCAAACUACUCGAGUGGAUCAAGAAACGAGUGCUGAGAGGCUGCAGUAUUGCCCUUAGUGGAUUGGUGCCACUUGGAAUUGACGUGCAUCGAUCUGAGCUCGGCCUCCAAAUACAAAGUUUUGGUGGUGAGAUCCGAACACGAAUCAGCAAAAGUGUUACGCAUCUGGUCAUAAGUAGUUCUAGACCACGCACGCAAAAGGUUCGACAAGCGGCGCGCAUACCUUCGAUCAAGAUUGUCAAUCAAGACUGGCUGGCUGGUAGCUUGGCACAGUGGAGGCAACUCGAGGUCGAACCGUUUCUUGUAGAGGUCCACCCGUCGGAUCGUGUCAGCCAUACGCCAGUUGAGGUCGGCGGGAGGGAGAGCGAGAGUCUGAGCCCGCCCCGACCCGAGGAGGGUGAAAAUGGCGAAGAUCCCGAAGAGGAGGCUGUGGACGAGUCCGGUGGAGAUGAUGAGCCCGAUGAAGAUGAGGACGGUGAGGUACAGGACCUCUACGGGGUCAUGCCAACAGAGCUUGAAGACGGCGAGCAAAGUCCAGUUGAUGGUCUCAAGACAAUGGAUUGGGGUGAACUGGACGCCGAACUUGACGAGUUCAUGGGCUCUGACGCCGGCACCGACUCCGAGGUGGACACCGAUUUCGAAGACGCCGAUGCGACUACGACUAAUCGGAAACGGAGACCCGACGAUGAUGAAGAUGAGGGCAGCGCCCUAGCCAAGAAACAAAAGCUGGCCAGAGAUAGGACUACUGGUUUGCGCAAUGUCAAGAAUGCCGCAGAUGAUGGCAACAGAGACGGCAGCAGCUUACCCACACCUAUGGGAACGGGUGAUGAUGAAGAGGACGGUGCUGAUGGGUUUGAUGAGGAUGACAUUGACCUAGAGGCGCAAUUGGAGGCCGAGCUCGCGGCCGAAGCCGACGCAAGUCUAGAGGCAGAGUAG